AUUAUUCAUUUAUGACUCCAUGAUUACGAAACUCAUCUGAAGUGUUCUCUAGAUGUCAGACUACCACUACAGUAGUUUGCAGAAGAGCUUAAUCUUCAAAGAUAAAGCUACCCAGCAUAUUUUGAAUUAAAAUCUAAGCUGCCAUCAAGCAUCAAAUCCAGAUGAAAAUAACAAUAUGAACAUUGAUACAAUUCAUAUAUUCACAAUGGGUUUUUUUAUACUGUAUUAUUUUUUAUAUAUGAGAGAUUCAAUAGAGCAUUAGUUAGAUCUGUAUAUUUGUAUUAUUUUAAAUUAAAAUUUAGAAAAGAAAUUUAAAAGAGAUAUAAUGGGCCUAUAUUAUGGGUCCACAAGGCUGAUGUGGCAACAUGGGUUGACGUAGAGUUUACUGUAAUUGUAAAGUCAGUUGAAGAUGCCCAGAAAGGAAGCAAAUUCUAUUGGAGCUCUGUGUUGGAUGGGCAUUUGGGAAUUGGAAUGAUAUCUUAGAAAAGGUCCAUAUGUCUCUAUUUCUUGAAAUCUUGAGGUGUGUUCUUUGUUGUGUUGAAGAUGAUCGAUACGACAAUUACAAUAUACCACUGUAUAGAAACACUUCACGGGAAACAAGGGAGACACUAAUUGAUGCACCUGUGAGAUAUGGUUUAAUAUUUGAUUCAGAGCCAAGUAAUUCAACAAAUAUUGGAUCAGCAUAUGCUAAGGCAGAAUAUGUAGUUACUAGUUCCAAUAGUUUUAUCAAAUAUGCACCUAUAUCUUCCUAUAAUCAACCUACACCUUCCUCUAGGCUACCAAAGCCUUCACCAGAGAAACUUGCACCUUCUUCAAAUCGAACUCCAUCAAGACCUAAACCCCCAAUAUCUUCUUGUAGUCGAUCACAGUCACCAUUAGUACCAAAAGCAUCUUCUAGUAAACCAUCUUCACCGUCUCCUACGCUCCCAACUUCAUCAAUAGAAACCCCUCAAGCGCCUUCACACUCUUUAAAUCCAUCUCCAUCCGUCCUCAAGAUCACAGUAUCCUGUUCUAAACCAUCUCCUUCAUUUUCUACCCCUGCAUCAUCUGCUUCUAAACCUGUCAAUGUUUCACCUAAAUCACCUCCGUCCUCCACGAGGCCUUCUCCAUCAGCCUCUAAGGCCCCUCCAUCUUUUAAGCCGACUCUGGUUCCAGCUUCCUCAAACUUGAAAGAUGACCAGAAAAUAGCUCAUUAUAUACUGGUUCAAAAGGAUAUUACACCUAUUUAUAUGAUUCCCAAGGACAUCGAGUCUUUGAUCAAGAGUGACAAGGUGCCUGAAGUUCUGAAGAAGCCACUAUCUCUGUCAACAUACAAGGACUAUUUUGCUGCUCUUCUGUAUGCUGAGGACUACUACAUUGAGAAAUGGAGCAAGUUCAAAUUGGUGGGUAUCACUAUAAAACUGCAAGAAACAGCAAUCUCUAAACAGAUAUAUUUUGGAAAAGAUUAUGAGACAGAUGUGAAACAUUUGGUGGCAUUUGAGAUUGAUUCAUCGCACGAGAAACGACCGUUUCUUUUGUCAAGGGAUUUUGUCUUUGCAAGACCUUCCGGAAGCACAACUGAGCCUUUCCAGGGCAUUAUCUAUCGUGUGCAGAGAAGCACUACUGUCCUAGUUGAAUUUGGUGAAGAUUUUCAUGCUCAGCACUGUUCAUUCCAAAAAUAUGAUGUUAGCUUCUCAUUUAACAGAGUUUGUUUAAGAAGGGCUCAUCAAGCAAUUGAAGCUGCCUCAGAUCCUUCAUUUGAAAAUUUCAUUUUCCCUAGUUGGGGAUUAAGGAGGCUCAGCUCCUCAUCACCAAAUCUCAAUUACAUUAAUAAGCUUGAUGCGAAUCUAAAUGCUGCAGUUCAUCGCAUCAUAACCAUUAUGGAGUCGCCACCUUAUCUUCUUGAGGGUCCACCCUGUGUAGCAAAAGUUGAAGUAAAAAGGAAAGAAUGUAAUUCAAAACAACUAUCAAGUACUGGAUUGAUUAUCCAACAAGCAGUGUUUCGAAUUUAUCGGAGCUCUCAAAAGUAUCGUAUUCUCAUAUGUGCACCUAUUAACAGGACAUGUGAUGUACUGAUGAGAAGCUUGAAGGAGAUCCCUGAAUCUGAAAUGUUUCGAGCCAAUGCAGCAUUUCGGGAGAUAGAUGGUGUACCUACUGACAUCCUUGCUUCAAGUCUUUACAAAGGGGAUUGUUUUGCUUGUCCCAAGCUGCAGGAACUCCGGAAAUUUAAAAUAAUAUUGUCAACUUAUGUGAGUAGCUUUCAGCUACACAAUGAAGGCAUUGCUGCUGGUCAUUUUAGUCACAUCUUUAUGGUGGAUGCAUCAUCUGCUACUGAGCCAGAGGCAAUGGUGGCUCUGGCAAAUUUUGCAAAUGAGAAGACAACUGUAAUAGUCACUGGUGCCCCAAGAAACCAUUCAGGAUGGGUUCGCUCUGAUCUAGCUCGGAAGAACGGGUUGAUGAAAUCAUAUUUCGAAAGACUCUGUGAGAGAACUCCAUACAAGAAUCUUGAUCCAAAUUUCAUCAUGCAGCUGGUCGAUGAUUCUCAAGUCAGAAUGUAAUGUUAUGCUUCACUAAGCUCUCUUUUUGUUCAGUUUUCGUGUGCAAAAUCCAUGGUUGUCCACUAUAACUGAAGAAUUCUGACUUGAUUGUCAAUAUAAUGCUUUAUAUUGCUCAAAA